CAUAUGUAUGUAGUUACCAAUGAUCAACAUUGAUUGAUCUUGAAUUCAUUGUCAUGUACAACGUUCAUUCAUCUUCACUUCAAUCCUUUCUUUGAUAUCUUACUAUCAAAGUUUUCUUUGGGCAACCUGGUUAUGCAACAUACAUAAUCUGGAAAUGCAAGCUUUUAUUUGCGCUCCAACAGGUUUCCGUCAUGGCGCGCAUUGCACCUAGAACGUCUGUUGCGCCCGAGAGGCUCAAGACUCUUAUUCCUUCUUUGAAGCCAACCAUCUACCACGAUCCAGGUACCAACAAGACUCCAAACAACAUUCGCACAAUCGCCUGGAACCCCUUGGGCAAUUAUAUUGCAACGGGCUGUCUAGACAAGACACUACGUGUCUGGAACGCUGACAAGCCCAAUGUUCGCCAAUCAACCGAGUUGAAGGGGCACACGGCGUCCAUUGAAAAGGUCGCCUUUAAUCCCGUCAAGGAGCUCGAGCUGUGUAGCGUGAGCAGUGAUGGCGUGGUUAGAUUCUGGGAUGUCAAAUCCAAACAGGUCUUAAACGAGAUCAAGGGCCUAGGGGAGACAUUCACCUUGGCCUGGGCUCCCCACGGCGGAUGUGUCGUCGUUGGUAACAAAGAGGACAAAUUAUUUGUUCUUUCGUCAAAACAAAGCAUCCCAAUCUCGACUCACCAACAGCCUGUGCAGACUAACAACAUUACUUUUUGCUGGAGUAGUGAAAGGAUCUUUACUACCACUGGAGAUGGGAAGACGAGGAUCUUAUUAUUUCCUAGCUUUGAGCCUGCCUAUCAAUUCGAUUACAAGGACGAGCAAGAUGCCGAGCUCCUGUUAGCCGGCCACACCUCAUCUUGCAUAGCCGUUGAGCUGCAUCCGUUUAACCGGUAUCUAGCCACAGGUGGUACGGAUUCGCUGAUUGCACUCUGGGAGACAACAGAAUGGAACUGCGUCAGAACUGCGACUAAGAUGACCGGUCCUGUUCGGAGUUUAAGUUUCUCUUUUGAUGGCCUUUACAUAGUGGGCGGAAGCGAUGAAGGAGCUGGUAUGGAGAUCUUCAAUUCCGAGACGGGGGAGCAUCUCUGCACUUACAAGACCAUGACGCCUUCUUCGGUCGUUGCAUGGGCCCCGAAUCGAUAUGCAAUCGCGUACGCUGAUUCAGGAAGCCUACGAGUAAUAGGGGCUAGCACCGGGGGUAAAUAGGAUUCCCUUAUGUCCGCACCAUAAUUCCCCACGAGGUGAAUGGGCUUGCAACAGCGAGGGGUAAUAUCGAACAUACGUAUGAUACCUAAUUACUGUAGGUGUAACUAGAGUCCUGACAUCUAAUUAAUCAAUUGGUUUACAAUGCAACAUAACGCAAGAUGUGGUAGUAGUUAUACAAGAUUGUUGUUGCUUGGGUGUAAUCCAUCAUAGGUAAUAGAUGAUAGUAUUCAUCUAAUAAAGGGUUAAGAUUCGCUAAAUGG